GAAGUUACCGUCUGUCCCAGCACAUCUCGCGAGAAUCCCGUUCCUCAUACGUCACAUGACCUUUGGCUCAGUUUAGUUUCUGCAGCAAAGCGACGUCGAGGUUUCCAAGAUGAACAGAGCUUUUAACAAGACAAGCGUGAAACAUUUGACCGGCCUGCUUCAAAGGUUUCAAAGCACCUUGGUCGUUGCGGAGCACAACAAUGAAAAGCUGACCCCGAUCACUCUCAACGCCAUCACUGCUGCCAGUAAACUGGGUGGAGAGGUGUCAUGUCUGGUCGCUGGAACAAACUGUGCAAAGGUUGUGGAGCAAAUCAGCAAAGUCCAAGGUGUAAAGAAGGUUCUGUUGGCCCAGCAUGAUUCUUACAAAGGUGCCCUGCCAGAGGAGUUGACUCCACUUAUCCUGGAAACACAAAAGCAGUUCAACUUCACUCACAUCUGUGCUGGUGCAUCUGCUUUUGGAAAGAACCUGCUUCCCAGAGUCGCUGCCAAGUUGGAUGUUGCCCCAGUUUCCGAUAUUAUUGAGAUCAAAUCUCCAGAUACAUUUGUCAGGACCAUCUAUGCAGGCAAUGCCCUCAGCACCGUGAAAUGUAACGAGCCCAUCAAAGUCUUCACCGUCAGAGGAACGUCCUUCGAGGCAGCUGCGACAGAAGGAGGAAGUGCUUCAUCAGCAGAGGUGGCUGCCUCUUCUCCCUCUGGAAUAUCUGAGUGGCUGGAACAGAGUCUGACAAAGAGCGACCGGCCAGAGCUGACAAGUGCUAAGGUCGUGGUCUCAGGAGGAAGGGGCUUGAAGAGUGGAGAUAACUUCAAGCUGCUUUAUGACCUGGCUGACAAACUCAACGCUGCAGUUGGUGCAUCCAGAGCUGCCGUGGAUGCUGGUUAUGUUCCUAAUGACAUGCAGGUUGGACAGACUGGCAAGAUUGUAGCACCAGAGCUGUACAUUGCUGUCGGUAUCUCCGGAGCCAUCCAACACCUGGCUGGAAUGAAAGAUAGCAAGACUAUCGUUGCCAUCAAUAAGGACCCCGAGGCUCCCAUUUUCCAGGUGGCUGACUAUGGAUUGGUGGCCGACCUGUUUAAGGCCGUUCCUGAGAUGACUGAAGCACUGGGCAAGUGAGAAGAAACUCCCACGAACUUCCAUCACAUAAAUCAAGACAGCGAUCACAGUCAACGCCUUAAAAAGUUUUUGGUGGUGUGAGUGUUUGCUUCUCUCUGGUUGUUUUCAGGAACACGUUCUCAAGAAUAAACACCAUUGUUAUAUUUACAGAACAAGUGUUAAAUAUCCUUGGGCAAGGGGAAGGGUUGCUUUUGGUAGUACACGUCUUGUAAUUUGUAUUUAACUUUCUGGUACACAAAGGGCAUCCUUGGGGAUACUUUACUCUGAUGUAGCUCUUCAUGCUGACCGAGAGGGUCUGUAAUUAUUGAGAUGCUUUUGGAGAUGUAUUAAAGUGACAACUAACAACUA